UCUGUACUUAGACAAAAAUCGUCAGCGGGAAGCGUGCAUAUGAAACUGCUUCUGCUAUCUUGUUUUUGUUUACUUCAUGCUUUUUCGCUAUAUUCUUAUUUUGUUUCUUACUAAGUUAGCGAAACUCAUAUUUUUGUAAAUAUUAAGCAAACCAACAUCUUUUCUAUUAACAUUACUGCAGUUAUUUCAAUAAAUUAAAUUAGAUCAUGCUUUUUAUGCGAUCAUUGAACUUGGGAAGUAAUAUAGUUUCCUAUAAACAUUUUAGAAAAUCUUUUCAUAAUUCUACUUCUUCGAGGUUUUUUUCUAAGUUUAAUCAAUCUUUUAAGUCUACGCUAUUUUCUGCUUCUGCUGUCGUGGGUAUAACUGCAUAUAUUAUUCACAAGAAGAAAAUUUCUUGCGAUGCGGAUGAAACUGAGUCUCUCGAUUUGAUUGAUCUUGGAAAAAAGGAUAACAGUAAUUUUGUGCAACAAGUUAAUAAAUAUGAAGAAGCUAUCAACAAAAGCCGGGACAUUUUACUAAGAGUUAAGGAUGAAGUUGGAGCACCUGGAAUAGUUGUUGGCGUAAGUGUUGAUGGGAAAACAGUUUGGACAGAAGGAUUUGGAUAUGCAGAUGUUGAAAACAGAGUGUUAUGUACGGCUGAUACAGUGAUGAGGAUAGCAAGUAUUAGUAAGAGUAUUACUAUGGCUGCUGUUGCUAAACUUAUUGAACAAGGAAAACUAGACCUUGAUAAACCAAUUCAAGAAUAUGUGCCUUCAUUCCCUCCGAAAACAUUUGAUGGAAAACCUGUAAUAAUAACAUGCCGCCGUCUUCUUUCUCAUACAUCUGGUAUUAGACACUAUGAAAAGAAUAUCGGGCAAAAUGAUAAUAAGAAUUCAAAAACUAACAAUGAAAAAAACAAACGAGAAGAGAAAGGAGAGUUUGAUAAUAAAGAAUAUUAUAUUAAAGAGAGGCAUGAUGUCAAAUCGUCCCUUAAUUUAUUUAAAGAUGAUCCACUAAUUGCAAAACCAGGCUCUAAGUUUCAUUACAGUACUCAUGGUUAUACACUUGUUAGUGCAAUUAUAGAAUCAAUAGCCAAAGAAGAUUUUCCAUCUCAUAUGAAUAAAUUGUUUAGGACUUUAGGAAUGAAAAAUACUUAUUUUGAUGAAAAUGAUAAUAUCAUCUACAAUAGAUCAAGGAAUUACAAGAAAAAUAAACAUGGACAUCUAAUAAACGCACCCUAUGUUGAUAACUCUUAUAAAUGGGCUGGCGGGGGUCUUUUGUCUUCAGUUACAGAUUUGCUUCAGUUUGCUAAUGCAAUGCUGUACAGUUAUCAGUUUCAAAACUAUGAUUCUUAUAAAAAAAGUCUUGAUAAAAAUUACUUGUCAAACGUAGAUGAGCACAGUGAAGAAAAUAAAAAACUAUGUCCUGGAUUUUUAACUUCAAGAAUUAUGGAAACUAUGUGGAUGCCUGUUAUUAAUUGUAAGGAUCAUGCCAAAUAUGCAUUAGGAUGGGUUGUAUUCCCAGAAAAGCAAGAAUGUGGAUUUUGCGAGAAGGUAAAGUUUUGUGUUUAUCAUACUGGUGGAGCCAUUGGAGCCAGCAGUAUUCUCCUGAUUUUGCCAAAAUCAUCUAGUACAAACAAGGAUUCAGCUUUAGAAACAGAUAAUCCACCAAAGGGUAUAGUUGUUACAAUAUUGACUAAUUUGAUGCCCAUAAAUCUUACCACAGCUGCUUUAAAAAUUGCAGAAUUAUUUGACAGAUAAUAAAUAAUGCUAUUAAUUGUUAUGUGUUUAUAAAAUUUGCAUAAAUUUCAAAAGACUUAUUUCAUUCACUAUUGCAUUCAGAAAAUGUAAGCCUAUUGAAAUCUUUGCAAUAUCUUGGGUAAAUGAUUUUUACUCAUUCAGCAAAUGUCUGGGCUUUAGUUUUUGGCAAUAAGUUUUAAAUUUCCUUUACAUUAGGAAAUGUGCGAAUGUUAAAAAUGUGUUUAUAAUAAAUCGAUCUUACGUCAUUUUAAAUCUUGAAGUGAUUUGUACACUUUUUUGCAAACAAAUCCCUUGGAGCUUUAUGCCAUCUUUUUCUAUUUUUUUUAAAAUUCAAAUAGUUUUUGUUAUAAAAAGUUGUUUAAAAAAUUUGCAUAUGCAACUGUUUGUGUGGAAAAGUACAAUUUUAAGUCCCAUGUAAAACCUGUAAAUUUGUGACAUGUUUGCUCUUUCAUAAUUAAUGAUAUUCAUCAAUAAAGAUCAUUGAUUCUUUUCUACAAACUCUGAGAUUUCAAAAUCUACUCAAAUAUUAAUCCUAAUAAAGCUUCAAAAAUGCAAUUUAAUUAGUUGUACUUGAUGUAGGUGCAUUAAAAGUUAUCAAACCAACUAAUGAUUUGAAAUCACAUAAGUAUGCAUCAAAAUACUUAUUGAACUCAGGUUGGUUUUGCAAUGGGACUAAAUGUUCAGCCUGUGUUUUAAACAUUCAGUACAAAUGCAUCAUCGUGUCAGCAAUCAAGCAAAAAUGCAGAAUUCCAAAAACAGGUCGACAAAAGUGACAAGGUUGCAUUGAAAAAUUAAUGAAGAAACAGAGAGACUUAUGAGGCUAGUUUUUUAUUUAAAAUUUCACCAUAUUUUCUAACGUUAAAAUUAACAGUACCCUAUAUGACUCUUGAGAAUAUUUAAAAUUACCUGCAAUAGAAUAUACACGAGAAGAAAAUUGAACUAUUUUCAAUGAAUAUUCAAAUGUAUUUCAUCCACAUGUAGUUUUUAAGAUGUAAAAAUUUUUAAAAAAUUGAAGUUGGAUUUCAUCUCAUUUAUAUUCAUAAUUUUCAAUUUAUUCAAAUCAAUUAUUUUUCUUUUUUUUUAAAAAAAAAGUUGAUUUAUAUUUUUAUAGCCUUAGUUGAAAAGUCUGAUUUAUCUUUUAAUUUUUAGCUGUAUAAUUGAAAUAAUAUGAAAUUUUUUUUAACAAGAUCAAUAACUUACAAAUCUAAUUUUCUUUCUGAAAAAAUAAAUCAAUCAAAAUAGUGAAAAAAAAAUCAAGUAUUAGAAAACAACUAUUUACUAAUAAAAAUGAAACCCCAACUUUUAAAACAAAACAUUGGCAUUUAAAAACUCCAAAGUGAUAAUAAUAAUGAUCGCUUCAAUCUUUUAGUAUUCUGUACAUACCUGUCAAUUCUUGAAACAUUUGUAUUUUGAUAUUUCUGUUUUAAUGUAAUCAUAUGAUUGAAUGAAUUAAAAAAAAUUUUUAAUACUU